GCGGAAAUACACUCAGAAUAUCCAAGGAGAGAGCGGGAGAUCACCACAAUUCCGAUCAGAAUAGAAACCUGUGUGAGAAGUGCAUGAGAAGAUCAGUCAUGGAUCUUCUCUAGAUAUUGUUCAGCUGUUGCAACCUGGUGGGCUGAGCAAAGAGCUUGUUGAGCUUAAGUUAUUAGCUUUCAACGAUCACAAAUUAUGGGAGACCUGGAGGAAGGAGCCAGUGUUUCCAGGCCACCCCUGCUGCGUGGUCACAGCUACAACUUCUGGAAAGGGCGUAUGAGGGUAUUCUUGAAAUCACAAGCAGGAGGAGUAUGGAGAACUGUGGAAACUGGUUGGACAGAACCAGUCAAGCACUCGGAUGAUCUGUCUACGACAACUGUCAAGAAAUUUGAAGACUAUAGCAGAACUGAAGUCCUUGCCGCUGAGAAUAAUGACAAAGCUUUAAAUGCUAUUUUUGGUGAUGAGAAGGUCAAAACUGCAAAGUAUCAGAUUCUCAUGACACAAUAUGAAAAUCUGCGAAUGGAUGAGAAAGAAACUAUUGUAGAAUUCCAUGGAAGAGUCCGCGACCUUGCAAAUCAAGCAGCUAGAUUACAGGAGCCAUUUCCAGAAUCAAAACUUGUUCUAAAGGUGCUGAGAUCACUACCAGAGAGGUUUGAUAUGGAUGUCAAAGCAAUCUCUCAAUCACAUGAUGCUAAAAAGAUGACCCUUGAUGCCUUAAUGGGUAAUCUUGAAACCAUUGAAUUAAACAUGAAGGAGGAUAGCAAGAGACGAAAACCAGAGAAGCAAAUUGCCUUUCUGGGAACAGAUGUGGAGAAUAAUUGUGAAGAUGGUUUAGCAUUUGAUGAAGAAUUCCAAGAACAGCUGUCUCUUUUCACAAAGCAGUUCAAAAAGAAGUGGAUUCAAAAGAAGGGAAAGAGUCAAAUUCAAGAAGGACCUUCUAAGACGUCCACCUUCAGGGAGUCUCGGUUCAAAGAAGGAAAGCCCUAUGAUAACAGCUCCAAGUACAAAGGACCGCUGUGCUUUGAAUGUUGUGGUCAUGGGCACAUUCAGACUGAGUGUGCAAACAACCUUAAAAAGAAGAGACAAGCAUUUUCAAUAACCUGGAGUGAUGAUGAUACUGACGAAGAUCAGGGUUGUGAGGAAAGCAACUUAGUUUUUAUCUCACAGUCAGAGUCAGAUGAUCUAGUUGAACAACAUAUGGAUCUUCAAGAAAAGUGGACUGAAUUGCUUAUGGUUAACGGAAGAAAUAUAGCAGAAAAGAAUCAGUUGGCAUGUGAUCUAAAGAUAGCUGGAGCUGAAGUACUGGAUGCACAGGAGAUGAUGUUCAAAGCACCAGGAGAUAGACAAGGAAUUGGAUGUGAUAGCCACACCAAAACAGAUGAUCCACUCAAAAAGGACAGUGUGACAUUAGCAAAGAACAUGAGAAACAGCUAUCACCCAGCAAAUCUUGCUAACAUCAACUCAAUUGAGGGAGGAAAAGUUAGAUUUGGUGGUGGAGCACAAGGCAAAAUCAUUGGGUGUGGAAUACUAAAUGUUUCAGGACUUCCACCAAUCAAGAAUGUAUGGCUUGUACAAGGACUUCAGGUAAAUCUACUGAGCAUCAGCCAGAUGUGUGACCAAGGGCUGGAGGUCACAUUUACUCAGCAAAAGUGUCGCGUGAAAGACAAAAACAAACUGGUGGUAUUAGAAGGUGACAGAACAACUGACAACUGUUACAAAGUCACUCCAAAUGUUCUGUGUUUUCCUGCAAGCAAACAGGAUGCAAGGCUAUGGCACUACAGGCUUGGUCAUCUAAAUUUUAAAGAUCUCACAACCCUCUCAAACUCUGAUGCAGUUCGAGGAUUGCCUAAAAUAAAGAGACUGGAAGAUUCAAAAUGCAAAGGAAGAAAAGAGAGGAAGAAAAACCUAUCUGGUCCAAGCCGAUGGUCACUGCGGAAAAUGAAAGACUCACCAGUUCCUGAUGACAAGUCUGAAGAAGAAAGGAAGGAACAGAAGAAUGUGUCCACUACAAAGGCAAAGAAAAGGAAAGGACAGGAUGCUGCUACUACGCCUACCAAGAAGGCCAAACCAUCUGGAGAAGCACAGACAAGCGGAGCAAGAAAGACAAGAAGCUCCUCUACAUCAAAGGUUGCUGAACCUGCUACACUCUCAGGAAAGUCAUCUUUGCACAAUUUCAUCUCAAUUUCUGCUAGAUCUCAUUUCACUGAUAUUGCAAAGAAAUUUAUCAUUCCUCAAAGGAACUUGGAUAUAAGUGAUUUUAAAAAGAAAACCAACCUCCUGCCUGUUCUUGAGUCCAACAACUUGUUCAAAUAUGUCACCUUGCCUGGAUCUUAUGUCAAGAAAGUGAUUCAAGAAUUUUUCUGCAACUUAUCUGAUGCUUGUAUGACCGAUGAUGACCCCUCAUUUCACAAAGUCUUUGUCAGAGGAAAAUUCUAUAAUUUUUCUCCAACUGUCAUCAACACACUUCUAGGCACAACCUCUUGUUCUGUGGUUUCCCCCAUUGAUGAAGACACCAUAUGGCAUGAUCUUACAAACGGUGUGAGAAACUCACAACAUGGAAAAUUAAAAGUUCCUUCCUCAGUACUCAAGAGUUCUUAUGCCCUCCUUCUCAAAAUAGCUUCUUAUCACUGGCUUCCAACUACCCACACAAACACAGUGCCUCUCUGUAUGGCAACCCUCAUCUACAGGAUUAAGCACUGUAAACCUUUUGACUUGGGUAAAUUAGUGUUUGAUCAGGUCAUGACCUUUGCAGCUACAAAAUUCAAGACAAAUCAAAAUGGCCUCCCAUAUCCCCUGCUGAUUUACAAUAUCCUGAAAAGUCAGGGAUUCACUAAAGAAGACUGUGAAGAAGAAGAACAGGUUCCACCUUUGCUGCAAGCAGAUAACAGACACUUUGAAGGCAAGCAUUUAAAUGACAUGGUUACAGCUGGAGCAUCCCCUGCAGCAAUACCAAAUCCAGCCUCAGUAGACAACCAGCUCAGUUUUCUUGAUAAGGAGAUCAAAUCCCUCCAAAUGGAUGCAGACUAUCAUCAUGAAAUUGCUCAAAGAUCCACUGAAAGGAUGAAUGUGCUCAUUCAGAUUGCACACACCAUGAGGCAAACAAGGCAUGCACAGAGUAAGGGGGAGAAACUAGCUAAACGCAAGAAUGCUGCUGCACACUCAAACACAGAUGACGAUGAUCAAGAAGACAGUGCAGAAGAGAUCUCUUCAUCAGACUCUGCAGGGGCCUCUCAAGAAUCAUCAGAAAAUGCCAGUUCAAAGGAGUAAACAUUGCCUUAUUGACAAUACUUUUGCUCUAAAAACAUUUUUUGUGAAAGGGUUGUUCUGCCCUAUUUUUAUGAUGCUGAAGACAUUACAUGGUUUUUCUUAAAGACUUAUCUGUGUUCUGUGACAAGAUGGUUUAUAAGCUCUGGUUAUGACU